AUGACUAUCCUCACUAGGGCUGGCGUUCAGAGCUUUGAAGAAUGGAUGCGUACGAAGGACUUCAAGAUGAUCAUGCCCCCUUUGGCUCCACACCCCGGAGUGCCCUUCCUUGCUGGAGGAAUGCCAAACAUCAACUUGCUGAACAAAAUGUACAACAUUGUGCCCGAGGGGCAGCUGAGGGCUCGCGUUGCAACGCAAGAAGCAGGAAGCUCUCUCUUUUGCUCUCCAAGGCAAGAGGUACCUUUUGUCGUGUACGAAGAUUGA